AUGGUUCCGCGCAUGGCGCGGUGCGACGCGCAUGGCGCGGCAUGCCCUGCAGGUAGGCUACUUUCCGGCUGCCCUUGGCAGGCUGGCGAUCUUCAAGGCUUGCUGACGCCGUCGCGAUCGCGAGGUCGAGAUGUCGAGCUUGCUCAGGCCCGUGCCAAGCUCGCCGACGCCUCGCUUCUCGCUCUGAAGGCCCUGGAGGCCCUGGAUGCCUUGGCGCGGCACCCGCGCGCCGGCGAGCUGUGGCAGGAAGCGGUGGCCCUGGUGGAGAGGGCACACGGCCAGGCCGCUGCUCUGUGCAGUGCCUCCAUUUCAUGUGCCAAAGCUCUGCGCUGGCGGGAAGCAUUGCAACUACUCACAGGGAAGCAGGACUUUUCAGGUGAACGGUUGGUCGGCAGUGUUGUCACCUUGGCGGUGAACUGUGCCUUGAACGCCUGUGCCAAAAAGAAGCAGUGGCAGCAAGCUUUAGCGCUCUUGAGCUCCCAUCGUUGGGUCGACACUACCAGUUUCAACACUGCCAUUGCUGCAGUAGCGAAAGGUGGACGCUGGCCGUUGGCUCUGGCUUUGCUUUGGGAAAUGCCAAGGCAACAAAUCCGUCAGGACACCUUCAGUUUCAAUUCGCUCUUUUCCGGUUCUCGGCAACGUUCGUGGCUGAUUUCUUUGGCGCUACUUGAGGACAUGGAAGCGAUUCAGGUGUGUCCCGACGCGGUGACCUACAAUUCGGCCUUGAAAAGUUCCGGCGGACGCCACAGCGCAACGUUGCUACGCCGCAUGCGGCAGCAGGAGGUGGCACCAACGGCCAUCACUUUCAACACUGCGAUCUCCUUCUGCACUUCCUUGAGUGAUGCAAUGGCGCUAAUGGAGGAGAUGGGACGCCACAGCUUACAACCUACCGUGGUAAGCCUGAACAGCUGCAUCAAGGUCGCAGAGGACUGGCAGCAAGCCUUGGAAGUUCUGGAGCAGCUGGAGGGAAGGCGCCUGACCUCCGACGUUAUCACUUUCAACAGUCUGCUGGCACAUCGCCCCCCCAACUUGCAGCGUGUCCAUGCAGCCAUGCGGACGCGAAGGAUUCAGCCUGAUGUCGUAACAUGGAGUUCCAGCAUCUCUGCCACAGGUAAUUGGGAAGAAGCUCUGGCUUGCCUCACGGAAGCCUCAGGAGAUGUCGAUGUGGCCGUUUUGAAUGCUGCCAUCAGCGCGUGCGGCGAGGCUAGCCAGUGGGAGCGUGCUUUGCUGCUGUUCUCGCACGACAAGUACGGCUUAACCCCCGAUGUGGUGGGUUUCAAUGCGGCCAUGGCGGCAUGCGACCAAGGGCAACAAUGGGAUCUCGCGUUGGCGUUGCUGAAAGCGUUGCGGGACAACAAGUUGCAGCCCAGCAUCAUCAGUGUAAGCUCUGUUGCCAGUGCUUGUGAGCGCGCCAAACACUGGCCUUGCGCCUUGGAGCUGCUCCUGCUGAUGGCACAAGUGGGACUUGAGCGGGAUGAUGUGGCUUUCAAUACGGUGAUGAGUGCUGCAACGAAUGGACAGCAAUGGGAGCGGGCCCUGGGUGUGUUGCAGCUCCGGGCCUUCGAGAUGGCCCUGAGCGUCGUGAGUUGCAAUGCGGCCAUUAGCGCCUUGGCCGCUGGAGCACAGGCGGAAGACGCCCAAGAGUUCUUGGGAAGGAUGAAGACCCUGCAGCUGGAGCCCACCAGCAUCACCUGGAAUUCCCUGAUGUCGGCCAGUGCUUCGGCCCGUCACUGGCGCUCAGCCCUUGCGAUGCUCAGCGACUUCAAGGCCUCCUUGGUGCGCUGCGAGGUCUUGACCUUCUGCAAGGCGGUCGAAGCGCUACAAGGUGAAGCGAAACUGCUGCUGCCGCAGCUGCAGGAGCUUAGAGACGCCGUCCUGCUCACCACGUGCAAUGAAGAGCUCGAUGUGAUUGAGAAGAACUCAGAAGUCGUGGUGAACGACUCCAAUUGCCAGGAUGAUGAGAAUGAUGAUGAGAAAACACUUCAUCUUCACUUCUCAGGCCUCAAUGGCGGCGACUUUCACCUCAGCGUUCCCGAUCACCUCGUGGGCGAGGAACUGCUACAUGCCCUUCGCUUGCGCGUGCCGCCCAAACCCGGGGCCAAUGUUUUUGUAUACUUCGGGGACACCAAGCUUUCAAUGACUAAAACGCUUAAGGAACAAGGUUUGCAGCAAUUCUCGUCUUUGUGCUACGUGUACCUGCGCCGUAAUGCGUUGAAGGCCUGGACCAAGUUGCGUCGCCCCGUGGGCACCGUGGGCACCGAAGCUGGGGAGACGGACGUCUUUGAUGGAAUGACGGAGUUGGUCUUGGAGGAGACUCAACCCUGGGCCGCCUUCUCCUGGGAACUCCCAAGCAGCUUGAAGACUUUGACGAUUGGAGAAAAUGUCCAUGAAAACAUGCGCAUGGAAGGGGUGAACUUGCCCAAGAAUCUUGAGAGUUUGACCUUCCAAGGCUUCUUCAAUCGCAAUUUGGAGCAAGUCAAUCUUCCAAGUGGCUUGAAAAGUUUGACCUUUGGUUGGCUUUUCAACCAGAGCCUGGAGGGCAGUACGCUGCCAAGCAGCCUUCUGUCCUUGACAUUUGGAGGAUUCUUCAAUCAAAGCUUGGACCGGGUAAAGCUGCCAAGCAGCUUGCAGACAUUGACCUUCGGCCACCUCGGCAAAGUUGGCGAGGGCUUGAGCUGUUUCCUGCCACGCUUGGUCUAUUCUCCAGAGAACGUGGAUCUCCCAAGUGGCUUGGAACACUUGGUCUUUGGAUUUGACUUCGACCAAAGCAUGGAGAAUGUGAAGAUGCCAACCAACUUGAAAAGUUUGACCUUUGGCAGUCGCUUCAACCAGCCCCUUGACUCUGUGACGCUCCCAAGCACCUUGCAGUCUUUGACCUUUGGAUGGCAAUUCAACCAGAGCUUGGAGAAUGUGGAACUUCCGGUGGGUUUGCAAAACUUGUGCUUCGGAUUUGACUUUGAUCAGAGCUUGGAGAAUGUGACUCUGCCGCCAACGCUCCAACGCCUCAGCUUUGGAAGCAGGUUCAACCAGAACUUGGAACUUCUGGAGACUGCCUAUCUUCCAGAGUUGCUGUACAUUGACUGUGGCGGAAUUGUGGUGAGCUUCCUGUGA